AUGGCUCUCUCGCUUAGUGAUCCUGCGCGUGAAUGGCUUAAUAAGUUGAUGAAUAAAGAUGCCCAAUAUAGGGAUAUGGCGUCUAAAAUAGGCUACAGUCGGAAUGACAUACCCACUGUCAGCGGAGUCCUUGACUCCGACUAUGCCGUUUCUGGGAUCAAUGUGGGUGGGCGACUCGAAUUUGAAAAAACAACGGCCAUUCCGUCGGAACUCCAGGAGCGAUUGGGUAGUGUGAGGCAGUGCUGCCGCAUGGGAAUAUUUCCGCAAUGUCGGAAAGCUUGGCUUACAGUCGAUGCAGAAUUCUUUCUUUGGAAUUUUGAAGACGGGCAAGACUUGGCUUUCUAUGACGGCUGCCAAGAUGUUAUCAUCUCUGUCUCUUUACUGCGUCCUAAGUUGGGCAUCUUACCUUCCGCCAUUGAGUACCUACUAGCAUUAGCAACGCCGUCUAAUCUUAUCGUUUUGGGAGUCACCUAUGACUACACUACUUCCCAAAAUAAUUAUUACUGCAAUGGAGUCUUUAAUGUGCUGCCUACUCCACUCUAUAUGAUAUUCGCUGGAAGCAAUUACAUCACUUGCAUGGAAAGCACUUCUAACGGGCGGCUCUUCAUGGGGAAUCGAGAGGGCGAUCUCUUGGAGUUUGUGUAUAAGCCUAUUCCAACAUUGGACGACAAUAUGUCCGCUCACACAUCUUGUUCCGACGAAUUCUGCUCUAUUGUCAACCAUACCGCGUCCUCGCUAAACUACUUCCUUCCCACCAUUCUCACUAGCGGAUUUCGUCCUUCAGGUGCUAUUGUGCGAAUUUCUGUGGAUUCAAGGCGCGGAUUUCUGUGGACGUUGUCAGCUAAUUCUCACCUAGCCGUCUAUCGAUACGACAUUCCUGGCAGCAAAGCUGCCGCCAACCACCUCUCCAAACUCUCAAGUCUCACUGUCUCCGAUUUGGCUUAUCGAGCUGCAUCGGUUGUUCGGUCGGUAGAUCGAAGCCACUUUUCCAGGAUCAUAUCAAUCUAUGCAUUGUCUGACGAGGCUGGUCCGAUUCAGAUGAUGGCAGUCACCGCGUCUGGCAUUCGCAUCUACUUUGCUGAGGGCCUCCGCAUUGCCCAUGUCCGUCUGCCUCCGCUUGCUCUGCUGGACCCUAGCAUUCCAGAUACUUCGAUGCUGCCCCAACAACAGCAGCAGCAACAUCAGCAACAACUCCCUUUUCAACCGUUUGCCCUCGGUGACGUCAAAUUGGUGGCGGAGACGCGAGGCACAGUCAUUUUUGCCUCGACUCUGCCAAAAUCAGCUACCGAUGACUCGCCGCCAGAGAGGAUAAACACGCUGACCCUCAGUGUGAUCUCCCCGGACCCAUUUCCGUGGUCGCCUUGUCUGUCAGAGAUAGUGACCACCUCUUUGAAGGUUGAAUCCCCCUGGGCGCUAACAGUGCUACCUUCUAACGAUAAUAGCGAUACUGUUGGCAUCCCCAACGCCCUUCUCGCUGUCUCCUCGUCCAGUUUUAAUAAGAAAGGCAUUGAGUUGCCUCAUGAAUCGUCGGGUUUUUCUCAAACCGACCCUCAACAAACAGGAUUUGGUGGCGUAACGCUUUGUGCGCAGCCACAACAGCAUCCGCCGCCAUCGCAACCGCCGUUUCCAAAGGGCUCUCCACCAGUGAUGUUGACGCAGCAUCUGGAUCCAAAUUACCGCCGUGUGUUAGUCAUCACCGCCCACGGCAUCGUACACCUCCGUUUGCCCUCUCCGCUCCAGCGACUGCGUGAGUUUCUCCUCACUUCUGGUGCCGUUCCUUUCACCACCGAUGCCACCGUCUCCUUGGAUUCCGCAGAUAGGAACUUUUUGAGCACUUUUCUGCAUCAGUUUGGUCCGGAGGAGUCUAUCUGCGCCGCCAUCGCCAUUGCAGCCUCUGAGCAGGGCAAAACAGAUGUAGUCGCUCAGGCCGAAAGAGCGGUGGUAUAUUUCGCCGCGGAGGCUGCGCGCUUCUGGCAACCCCCGGUCCUCUGUCACGGUGCGGCUUCAGCCACAGCACCGGCAUUAGGAGCUGUGGCGGCGAUGGGAGCAAUGACAUCACUGCCAGAUUUGGGAAUGAUGGGUUCAUUAGGCCAGCAGGAGGCGAUGGCUGACACCUUUCUAGUGCUCGGUGCCUCCCUCUUCCUCUCACGAGUGGCACGACCUCUUUGGCGUGCUCCGAUGCUCGCGGUUGCUGACCAGACUGCGCUCGGCUUUUCCUCCGCUAGUCAUAGGCCCGACAGCGUGUCUGGUGGUUUGACUAGCUUCUUCUAUACCUUCGUCUCUACCGCCAUCGCUAAGGCCACUGCCUCCGCCAGCGCCGUCGCCAAAGAUUCUCUCAUUAUAACUUCGCGCUUAAAUUCGGAUGACCUUGAAUGGAUUCUGCACCAGCUGCGCUACCUUAAAGCCCUCCUUGAGUCGUCCAGCCAGAAGGCGUCGAUAUCAUCGACAUCCUCCUUCCUUAAUGGACGUCGAAGUGGUCCGACUGAGUCCACCCUCUCGCCUCUCGCACGUCUUACACAGGACCUCUGCCUCCUCCUAUCCUCUUUUAUUGAAUUUACCGGUCUCUGGCAGAUCAUUAGUCAACACAACGUUCACGCUAUCACCAGUCAGCUCAGUGAAGAACAACGCACGGACCUUAUCAGUCUACCCGUGGAGGCCUUCGUGUGCUGGAUGCCCCGCACAGCAGCCGCACCAUCUCCCACUACCUCCACCAUUCCUGACAUCCGCUCGGCACUUAUCACCGCUCUGAUUGAGUACUACAUCUCAGGCCAAUGUCUAACGGCCUCCGUGGAAGCACUUUGUGCUCGUCUGCGCAGCGUCUGUCCCAACCUCUUCGGCAACGAGGACGCACUCUGUGCUCGCGCGGAGGAACUCUUGAUGCGCGCUGCGUCACUAACCACUUCGGGGGAGCACCGAGACGAGCUUAUUGCAGAAGCUGUGGAUCUCCUGCACUCCGCGGGGCCUUCACUCAACAUUGCGGCGGCCGUGAACAAACUCGUUACCACGGUAGGUGGGUGGGGUGCCGCCAUCAGUCUCUGCCUCUCUAUCGCCCGACAACGUGAUCCUCUUGACGUGACAUUGGCGUGUCUGCGGGAAUCGCGCCAACCGGCGGCGGAGGCUUCGGCGUCGUUACUCCUUGCAAAGUCCGCGAGUGCUACUCCUCGGACGGAGGUGGAGGUGGUGGAGAGUCGGUACGAUGCGUACCGUGUGGCUCUGGGCUGUCUCAGUAGCCUUCUCGAGAUGGCUUGCCUCCCCGCCUCUGCUUCGCGUAUCCCGGAGUCGGAGCUGGAGACGCAGGCGGAGCCGCCUGGCGGUGUGUUACAGAGUAUCGGUGUCAACCCUACAAAGGAAGUUGUUCGGCGCACUCUUUUAGCCAUUCUAAAGUUCAUCUUUAAAUUGGAUGACAUGGUGGCACACUUUGAGGUGAUUGCGUGGCUCCUAUCGAAUGGUUUGUUGGAGCAGGUUGUGGAGCUGAACUCGCCUUACUUGGAAGUGUACCUUCAGUCGCAUCUGUGUCAGACGCCCAAUGACGUGGCACUGCGUCGUCUCCUCUGGCGUCAGUUGGAGGCCCGCGGCGCUCGUCGAGAGGCCGCGCAGGUCCUUGAACACCUCGCCACCACUGCCGGCGCCGGUGAGGGCCUCACUCUCGAGGACCGUCUUGACUACCUCGCUCGUGCCAUUGUCGCUAUCAAGGCUCUUCCCCAGUCACAGCUGGUGGAAACCUCGGAAUACCUUGCUGACUUACAGGACCGUCUGGAAGUUGCAGAGUUGCAGCGCCAGUUGUGUAUCGAGCUGGCGGCCACAAGCACCAGUGCCGCAGUCUCUACUAGCACGACCUUCUCUCACUCGAAGGCAGAGCAAGCUCUCACCGAACUCACCCGGGGUCCCCUCCUUCCCGCUUCCGAGCUUUUCGCCUGCUACGCCGACCCCUUCGAACUUCACGAGUCAAAGCUCUUGCUAUUGCAUUUCGCCGGCGAAGCAGUAAGUUCACUCUCCGCUUAUUUCGGAACCCAACGCCCAUUUACCUUUUCUCCUUCCCAGGAUGUCGAUCUCGUGGAGGCCAUCUGGACUUCUCUUUUGCACCGUCUGCUCCUUUGUGGCGAUAGUGAUUCGCAUUUAAAUUCACCUGUUCAGACUCGUCGAAAGCGUCUCUCCACAAACCGAAAGACAGCUCGUGGCCUAGAGCUAACCCUUUCCACCUGCCUCAGUCGACUCUAUAUGCGUCUUGCGGUGGCUACAGUGAAUCUCUCGCUCAAUGCGGCAGUUUCCACCACGACUGUGCCUCUCUAUGCACCCCAUUCCGCUGAUUAUACCUUUUUUCCACUUGUGAUCAUCUCCACGCUAGAACGCUAUGCCAUUCAACAAUCACUGCCCUCUAGCUGGGUCCCUUCUAUCUUCGCCUCGGCGAAGAUACCCUCUGAUCCUGAAAUCGUUGAGGCCUAUAACAUCAUUCUUUGUAGGAAGAAUUCCUUUUGGAUGCAAGAUUGCGUUCGUUCACGCCUGAUGGAGGCCAUCUACACAUUCAUUACCGACUUUAUUGAAAACGCCAAUCGCCUGCCACUGAGGCGGAGGCAAUUGCAGAGUACCCGGAUGCUGGAUCACCUGACCACACACCUGGUGGAGCUGCAUGCAGAGCCCAAAACGAGCAGCGGUGACCUUGGUUGUGGGGCUCAAGGUCUGCACCAGCAGCACCUGGGGCUUGUGGAAAAGCUACUAGGACUCAGGCGGCAGCUCGAUCGAAUAGUCUCGGCAGCCAGUCAGCAGUAA